UGCCGUUCUGGGAAGGUCUUCACCCACGAUAUGGCAACCUCAAAGCAUCCAGCAUUCAAACCCUGACAUGCUUUAGCUAUUAGUGGAGCUGAGACCCCUGCCAGGAUGUGGCCACCUCAACCCAUGCUGUACAACUGAUGAAAGCGGUCCAAGGGCCCACUGAAGACCUAACAAUUGAAGAUGUAAUAAUUGCAUGAGUCCUGCUAACAUGACAUCAAAACCUCUCCCACAUUCAUGCUCCGGGGUCUUCUGCUCGGGCAGUACUUCAACAGGACAAGUGACUGAAUUUUGGAAAAUGAGAAAUCACUCCCACUCCCCACUGGAAAAAAAUUAAACCAAUGCUGUGGACUCCUUCAGUGCUUUACUUCUGAGAGAAACCUUCAAAUAAAAGUAACUUUUGAAAAACAGUGGUUCUAUCUGGAUAACAUCAUUGGCCAUAGCUAUGGAACCACAUUUGAAGUGACCAAUGGAGGAAGUCUUCAGCCUAAGAAGAAGAAGGAAGAGCCUACUUCAGGAAAUAGUUCAGCAGUUAAUUGAAAAUAGUACAACAUUCCGAGACAAGACAGAAUUUGCUCAAGAUAAAUAUAUAAAAAAGAAGAAAAAGAAGUAUGAAGCCAUCAUUACUGUUGUGAAGCCAUCCACUCGCAUUCUUUCAAUUAUGUAUUAUGCAAGAGAACCUGGAAAAAUUAACCACAUGAGAUAUGAUACACUAGCCCAGAUGUUGACCUUGGGAAAUGUCCGUGCUGGCAAUAAAAUGAUUGUAAUGGAAACUUGUGCAGGCUUGGUGCUGGGUGCAAUGAUGGAACGGAUGGGAGGUUUUGGUUCCAUUAUUCAGUUGUACCCUGGAGGUGGACCUGUUCGGGCAGCAACAGCAUGUUUUGGAUUUCCCAAAUCUUUCCUCAGUGGUCUUUAUGAGUUUCCACUCAACAAAGUGGACAGUCUCCUAAAUGGAACAUUUUCUGUGGAGAUGUUAGCUUCAGAGCCUAAAGACAGUGCAUCAGUUGAAGAAAGUAAUGGGACUCUGGAGGAAAAACAGACUUCGGAACAAGACAAUGAAGACAGUGUAGCAGAAGGCCCAGAGAGCCAUCACCCACCAGAACAGGAAACAAUGGAAAUCGUCUCUCAAGAUCCAGAAUAUAAGGAGCCUAAAGAGAGAGGAAACAAAAAGGAUUAUAUUCAGGAAAAGCAAAGGAGACAAGAAGAGCAAAGGAAAAGACAUUUAGAGGCUGCUGCUCUGCUGAGUGAAAGAAACGCAGAUGGUUUAAUUGUAGCUAGUCGUUUCCAUCCCACUCCACUACUGCUGUCUUUGCUGGACUUCGUGGCCCCUUCAAGACCGUUUGUGGUCUACUGUCAGUAUAAAGAGCCUCUGUUGGAAUGCUACACAAAACUGCGGGAAAGAGGAGGCGUCAUCAACCUCAGGCUGUCUGAAACCUGGCUUAGGAAUUACCAGGUUUUGCCAGAUCGAAGUCAUCCCAAACUACUGAUGAGUGGAGGUGGGGGGUACCUCCUCUCAGGCUUCACUGUUGCCAUGGAUAACUUUAAAGCAGACCCCAGUCUCAAAUCCAACGCAAGCACUUUAGAAUCAAACAAGACUGAAGAGCCAGCAGCGAAAAAACGGAAAUGCCCAGAGUCUGACUCUUAACCUUUCAAAAAUUGCUCUGAUUUUUGUCCUCAGGCAUUAUACAGUUAGUAAUUUGACUUUAAAUGCCAUUACUAAUCGUUUUCUCAUAUUCUGAAAGUAAGAAUGUGUCUAUACACUUGUUCCUGGGAAGAACAAGUAAGCCUUUGUCCACCUCUGACACAGAUAAAUUUGGUCUGUCAGAACAUCAAGCCAAAACACCCAAGUCUGGGGUGUAUGCAGUGGACUGGUAUGUAUGGCCAAUUCUGUUUAUUUCACAAAAAUCCUCUAAGUACUUUUAGUACUCUGAAAAUAUCUUGAGAAUUUAGACCUCCUAAAAAUAUAUUUAUACAAGACUUUGUUUAUAUGUUAAGCUAAGUGGAAUAACACAACAUACCUAAAACUUGGGUACUGAAAGCCAGAAUCUGUGGAAGAAAUUUCUCGUGUUCAUUCCACUGUCUUAAACUGAAGCAAUAUGGCUGUGUGAGUGUGUGAGAUUUACAGUACCAAAAAUGUCCUCCCUGUUCCCUCCAGUGGAAUAAACUUUUUUUAAAACAUUAGGUUUUUUUUUAAUUUUAUUUUAAUAGUUGACAACUUAGGAAAGUUCUGAGUAUUUAUUUUACUGCUUUUUUUUUUGUCGAUACACAAAGGUGUAGUAGGGUACUUUUUUGUGUUACUUUUCUCAUCCCCUCAUUCUUUGUUUCAAAACAAGUGACUAUAAUUUUUGUGUACUAUUGAAUUAAAGGAAACAGCGAAGGUUUUUUUCCCCUACCAGGGACUUACAGAGCUACACCCCCACCCACACACGUUUGUGGUUGUUGGUAUAUAUACAUACAUAUAUAUAUAUAUAUAUAUAUGUAUAUAUACAUAUGGAAACAACGCACUAUCUGUAUGAUCUAUGACAAGUUUAGUGCAGGGCUUAGACCAGUUCUCAUUGCAUUAGUGUCACUCCUUGUCAAAUGUAUUUUAAAGUGCCUUUUUUGGUGAUUAUUAAUGCUGGUUUGUUGAGCUCUGGCAUGAUUAGGUGGUUAGCCUUUCUAAGCUCUGAAAACAUUUAAUCAAAUUUGAUCAUCUACUGCAGCCAAGGAAAGUAUUUAGAGUAAGCCACAGCUCUUGUCUUGCUCACUAAACAUGCUCAUACUGUGUGUUGUUCACAACAUUAUAGCAUAGAUGCAGAUCAUCCAGCAAGGAACAUCUCAGAAAAAAAAUUACAUUUUCCUAGUAGCAUGUACUAUCCUGAUAAUGGUCAGUGUGAUUACCAAGAGUUUUGAUUCCUUUUUCUUAAAACAAUUGCUUUUAAAGAAUAAAAGUGUUUCUUAUUAUGAUUUGUCUGAUUUCCAUUAAUGAUGUGGUCAGUGACACCACAUUCACUGGCUUUCAGCUGAUUGUGAUAUGUGAUCUGUCGAAGAAAACGUGCCCAAAUUGACACCUCACUGAACACGUCCUUGUAAACAGUCAUCAUCCACAUACAAUCAGUCGAGUUUUAUCAAGGAGAACACGUGUGCACAGACUGAAUUCAGUAGUGUCAGGUCUCCACUGGUUGCUGUUAGAAUCCUCUCCUACUUGGGAUUCAUCCAGUUUUCAAGUCCCAUUUCAUUUCACUCAUUCUGGAAGUCUGCACUACCAAGGCCUUGUGCAUUCAUGUAGCUGCCCCUGGAGUUGACUUGUGAACUCAUAUGCCAGCAGCAAAAGUUAGUGUUAACCUGCAUUAUUUUUUUCUCUUGCAUAAAAUUUACUUCAUCUUUGAAGACUGAUGCUUAAUUCAAUAACUUGAAAACUUAGUAUGUGCGAAGAUUCCCUGGAGGGCUUAUUAAACCCAAAUUGUGUAACACCUCAAAGUUUCUGAUUCAGUAGAUCUGGGGUGGGGCAAAAAAUUUGCGUUUCUUAGAAGUUUCCAGGUGAUGCUGCUGGCCCAGGGACCACUGCUUGAGAAACACUCCUGUGUGUGCACCCACAUCAAGAGCUUGGCAAAAUACUUGAUGCUUUUGUCUUGUUUGUAAAGUAGAUAUUCAUUUUUGGAGCAAAUGAAUGGAUAAUUGUAUGACUUCUGAACAUCUAGCCACCAGGAGAGUUAUGUGAAAUAACACUUUAAUAAGUGGCAAUCAGAAAAUAAAGACAAAAAUUUUG